GAGCCCGUUCAAACAGGCGGCAGCAGGAGAGACAGCUCGCUCCCUUUUUGCCUCUGUCCGCGCUUGGCUCUCCCGAGUGCCUUUCCUUUGCCUGGGCUGCGCUCCCUCAGCCUUCCCAACUUCCCUGCCAUCGUGACACACACACAUACAUUGUGACACCGGCAUAUCUCUGUUUCCCGGCUCGGGCUUCUCCUUGUCUUCCUUUUUCUGGGACGGAUCGGCUUCUUCCUGGAGAGACGUUCACCCGGGGUCCGUCUCCUUCCUUUCAGGCUCCCUCCAGCCCAGAGCCUUCGGGGGGACAGCCGAGGCUGCUCCUCGUUGCUUUGCUUUGUUUUAUUUCGGGAACGGGAGCCGCUCUGCCCUCCGAUCCGGAUUGGGUGACUGCAGAAGUGCUCCUGCCUUCGUCCCGUCCCGCGAGACAGGACUUGGAUGUGGAUGAAAAUGUAGGAGGUGAAGAAAUGCUGGCGCAUAUGUGCAAAUGGGCCUUUGGAUGUACUGCAGAAUAUGUAUACUGACAGAAUCUAUUGACUACAGUAAAAACCUGGAAACAUUGUCAAGGAUGAGGUCCUGUGCCAAAUCAAUGCUUCCGGCUCAGUGGCUGUUCCUGGCAUAUGUGUUAAUGGUGUGCUGUAAAUUGUUGUCUGCAACUGGCCACCAUCCCCGGGGGCAUCCAGGCCACCACCAAGUGAAGCAAGGGACAUGUGAAGUGGUUGCAGUGCAUCGAUGUUGCAACAAGAACAAGAUUGAAGAGCGGUCACAAACUGUCAAGUGUUCUUGCUUCCCUGGGCAGGUUGCUGGCACAACGCGAGCUCAGCCCUCUUGCGUGGAAGCUGCCAUUGUCAUCCAGAAGUGGUGGUGUCAUAUGAACCCUUGUCUGGAUGGAGAAGACUGUAAAGUGCUUCCAGAUUAUUCAGGUUGGUCGUGCAGCAGUGGAAAUAAAGUCAAAACCACCAAGGUGACACGGUAGCAAAACCUAAGCAUGUGCCAACUUUGGAACAAUGGGAUUUCCAGCUACGUGGCAUAACUAUUGCACAGAGACCCUUAUUUUAUGAGAAAUGAUUCAGUUGGACUGUCAACUUUUCAAAUUAGCUGGCCAGACCUAGUGUAGUACUCCUUUCUAAGGAAGACAGCUCUCUUCAGUUCAAAACUUUCUUACAAAGAACUGGAUUCAUUUUAAAGACAAAAAUGAUGAAGAAUGUUUGCACUCAAGGUGAAUACCUGUAAAAAGAGCAAUGAAAUAACAUCCAAAGUCAACUUUGUUUAUGGCAUCAUGAAUACUAAAGUUUGAUUGAACAACACUUGGGGAAAAAUAAGGUUAAGAAUACACAAUAUUUCAAAUGAAGGAGCCUCACCAUGAAAACAGUAAGAAGGACAAAAAAUAUUACUGUUUGAAAAAUCCACUUCAAUAUAUUUUUACCUGGAAUUUACUAAGUAUCAAAAGAAGUAGGGAUGUUUAUUAAAUUAGUAGUUCUUGUUCACCUUCAUGUUUUGUUAUAGUCUCUAUAGCUAUGUUUCUUUCCAUUUGUACAGUUUUAAAGUCUGGAGUGAGGAUACUUGUUCUAAAAGUAGAAAGACUUUAUCACACCCAAUGCUGCCAUCCAUUUGUAAAACAGCAGAAUCAACAUUUCUGUUUCUUUUUUAUUCCAGAUAUGGAAAGAAAGUGGAAAUAUGUAUUAGGAAAUUUCACCCAGGUCAAGGAAAUGUUUAGGUGAUGGUUUUGUAACCAAAAAUAGAUAGACCCUUAAGUAAGAUUGUUAUCCUUCUCCAUACAUUUGGGGAGUUUGCAAGCUUGAGAUAGAAUUUCUGCAUUGAUCCCUCUGGCAUGGUGAAAUGGUGAAUAACUGUGGGCUGAAGUGACUUGAACUUCUGGAGCAUAGAAAUGGAAUAUGUACACCCCAUGUUUUUCAUUAAGUCCUUAUCCAUAGUAGAACUUGUAACCUCAAGUGUCAGUGACACUGAAGUAUCAACCUACAUGGGGGACAAGGUGGGUAAAGAACAUAUUUGGUGCUCUCCUAGCUGUCAUGUUUUCAUGACCCCUGCUUAUAUUUUCUUUUAUUUGUUGUGCUUUUACUAGUACAGUAUGGACCCAUAUCCGCUGGUAAUAUGUUCUUGGACAUUGUGGGGUUACAUGAAACCACAAAUAAUAGCAAACCUUAUUUUUAAUGGGACAAAUGAUGGAGGUUCUGAAAAGAGGGUGUUAACCUUUACAGUAUGCCCUAAGUGAAUAGGUGAAAUUAUGGAUAAGUGAAAUGUUGUAUAUUUAUUCUGCAGUUAUGAGGCUCCUACUGUACUUAGUAAUACUACAUCUAAGUAAAGACUUUGGCUGACAUUCUACAUGGGUGAAAUAGCUACAAUGACAUAGUUAUGAUAUGUCUCCUAAUUCAAUCCCCCAAAAGCCACCUAAGAAACCAAAGAACUGCUCUAAAUGAAGGGGUUCAGUGGUGCAAGUGAGUGGUGUGCUGAAGGAUGAUGCAUCCAGCCUUUGACUGCCCUUGAACCACAGUGCCAUGAGUCUGCAAGAUUCUGUUGCAACUGUAUGUUGCAACACAGCUGACUGUUGGGAGGGGGCUGGGCAUGUCCUCCUUUAACAUCAGGGCCUCAGAACUCCUUCACCCGGUGCAGUGACCUGGUUUCUGAGGUGGCUUUUUGGGGAGCAAUCCUAGGACGUGUUCCCAUCAGCAUUGUAGAAGAGAGCCUCCAGAUGGCGUAGUGGACUAAGUGACUUGAAGGUUGGGUUGCUGACCUGUAAGCUGCCAGGUUCGAGUCCCACCCGGGGAGAGUGUGGAUGAGCUCCCUCUAUCAGCUCCAGCUUCAUGCGGGGACAUGAGAGAAGCCUCCCACAAGGAUGGUAAAAACAUCAAAACAGAUCGGCGUCCCCUGGGCAACGUCCUUGCAGACAGCCAAUUAUCUCACUCCAGAAGCGACUCAAGUUGCUCCUGACACACAAAAAAAAUCUGAUCUGCUCCUGCAGAAUUAUGGGCAAUGUAGUUUAGGGAAGUGAAGGACCUCUCUAGCUGAGAAUUCCAAAGGCUCUGCCCUGAACUAUAUUUCCCAGAAUUCUGCAGGAGGAACUCCAAUGAUUGCCUCUAUUUUAUUAUGCUGAUGGGAAAAUGUCCAUAGUCAUUGCAAUAGCACAACAAUUCUAAAUAUGACCUUAAAAAUGGUUGAAGUUAUAACUCUAGCUUACAAAUUGUAACUAUUGAACAGGAUGCCAUCUUGUGAUUGUUGAGAUCAAGUAAUAUAAAACUGAUAUUGAAAAAAGAAACAUAUUGUAAAGGUAAUUAAUGGGAGCCCUACCCCCCCCCCCCCCGGUUCAAAACAAAAGAAGAACUACAACAGGAUGUGUAGAGAUGAUUGUUGUAUCCUGACUUUUCCUCAGCCAUGGACUCAACGCUGAAAAAAACGCAUGGACCGUUAAAAAGGAAACUAACAAAUCUAAACAAUGCUGCACCUUUUGAAAGGCUUUUUACCUUUGAAAUAUCUUCCCACAAGGGCCCACUGAAGCAAAACUGUUUCUACCUUCCUACAGAAGGAUAGGCAGAAAGGUACCAGUUGAAGUGUUUAGAAGAUUUUUAAAAAUGUUUCUUGUGUCCUACUUUACUGGAGAAAGCACAUGUGGUACACCCCAAGCCACCAAGUUCAGCUCAGAGCCUGAGAAAAGGUGAAUGAGAACCACAUGUGUGUGUAUGUGCCUGUCUGUCUAUAAACCCAUCUGUUUUUACAUGUAUGUCUGAAGAAGCAAGUUUAUCAAGAACAGCAAUGUACCCAUGUGUCCCUAUCUAUUCCAUUUCCUCACUCAUAUUGUAGUAAUAAUCAGGGUUUCUUUUUGAAAUUAUUUCAGUCCCUUUUCCCUCCAGCUGCUUGCUGUCAUGUUCUUUUCUGUCUACAGAAGAAUGGUGAAGGGGUGCUUUCCCAUCAGCAUAAUAGGCCAAAAGGGGGAAAGUAAGUAUUUUUGAUGGGAAAGUAAGUGUAGGAGAUGAUGGCAGAUAGGGGCGUGUAGCUCUGGUCAUCUUUAAAGGGCUGAAUAUUAUAAGUGGGGGAUAGGAUUAAAUAAAAACAAAAAUAGUUAUAUAAAACCCAGUCACUGUGAGAAGAAACCUAAGAAAAUGUGUUACAGGUUACAUCCCUUUCUUUUCAAAAAGAGAACAAAACUGAAUAUAUGUUGCAUAUAUGGGACAGGAUCAAAUUGCCAACAUAGCACCUAGAAAAAUUAGUAGAAGAAAGCCGCAUUGAUCUUUGUUUCCCUGAUAACCUCCUAUGAAGUAGUGUAAUUAUCACUCAUAAGCAAAGUUCUAGAUAGAAAGAAGAUGUUCACUUUCAGUUACUUGCUACUUAUAAUAAUUAUAAUAAUUAAAUGUCCAGUCCUUUGACAGACUAUAUUUUCUAACUCAUAUGAUUUAUGACAUGCAAUUGUUUCGUAUUAUUGUAGUUGUAUUUCAUUCUGCUUUUCUUCUUUCCCUAAGUGCUACAUGCCUUUCUUUUGUCAUCAGCUUACAUAAAAGGAACUAUAAAGGGAGGUGAAUUUAUA